GAGAACCCCCCCAACCACAUCCUCUUCCUCACCAACCUCCCAGAGGAGACCAACGAGCUGAUGCUCUCCAUGCUCUUCAACCAGUUCCCGGGAUUCAAGGAGGUGCGCCUGGUGCCCGGCCGCCACGACAUCGCCUUCGUGGAGUUCGACACGGAGGUGCAGGCGGGGGCGGCCCGCGACGCCCUGCAGGGCUUCAAGAUCACGCAGAGCAACGCCAUGAAGAUCUCCUUUGCCAAGAAGUGA